UCCACUUCUAGCAUCGAACAACAACAUUGGAAGAUCGCCGGCACUAUGAGACUAAACACGUCUCGUGGAGCGCUCCGGAGGGAAGCCUUCGAGAAGUUGGCAGUUCUGUCAGCGCAGGCUCCACCCUCACAUGCAGCCCAUCAAGACAUAACGCGCCUUUGUUCCUUAUACAAGACUCCUGAAACAUCCAACGGAGUCGCCAAAGGUCCUAUUAGUAUUCGCGAACUCGAAGUCUUGAUCGCUUUGUGUCGUGCUUCAUCCUCUAUUGAAUCCGUGGAACACGCCGAACGUCUUCUUCAACAAAUAACCCCAUACCUCUCAGAAGCCCAGACUCAGACCUUCCGUCCAUCGCCCUUCCUGCGCCAUGUUCAUCCCUCGCCAUGGGAAGUCCUUGUUCAGGAAGUCGCGUCUGCAUUGCUCAACAUUGGUAUCAAGCACUCGUCAUUGCGUUCUCAGGUUGUCACUUCUAUCAUCAACACAAUCGACACGUAUGUCCACCAGGGACAGAAUAUCGACAGACUUGAUACAUCCGAGGAUUCUGCUUUGGACAUUGACAAUGCAUCCAGGACCAUAACCUUUUCCGUCUCACUUCUUGGCCUGCUUUCAGCACUCGCCGAGAAGCCUCAAGUCUGCACGGUACAGGAACGUGCUAGCAUAAUUUACAAGCUACAAACCUUGUACUCCGAGAAAUUCAUGGUCACCAUCGAGGGUACUCUCUCAUCGGUGCGCAACUCUCAUGGAAUACACAUGAAAGAAUGGAAGCGCUUGCUCAGGGUGUACGCUUCAAUGGGAAGGCCAUUGGGCGCAAUGCUGCUGCAACAUGCUUUCACGCAGUAUUUGGCCUCUUCUGCUGCUAUCAUGGUCACGCCUUCCGAGUUUUCAAGAGAUGAACAAGUUUUGGACUAUCUACUCCAGCAAACCCCACAAAGUCUCUCAGGCUAUGAAGGUGUUGAUGGAUCGUCGCUAGAGAAGCUCACAGAGUUGCUGACCGAGAUUGUAUCUCUGCUUGACGCCGAUGCCGAUUACCUGCAAGUCAGUUCUGCGUGGCAGCAGCAACUAGCUUUUUCGACCAAGGCCAGCUGCCUGAUCAGCUUCCUCUGCUGCUCGCUCGCCAACGAAGACAUUGCUGAUGCUGACGUCCUCAUGGCAUGGCUCGAUGGGAUCUUGACCGAUCCGGUCCAACUCGCAGAUGAGAGACUUGCGAGCGUGACCCUCAAAUGUAUGGCCAUCCUUGCCAAAACUUCCAAGGCCUUUGCUUCGAAUCUGGCACGUUCUUUACCCAGAUUCAUUGUUCAGGGAAGAAUGACCAGCGAUACCGUGGUGAUUGCUGCGAAUUGCUUAGCAGACGUCUUGCAACUGUUGCCCCAGGAUCUUGUCAUCAGCACGCUUUACAGCCUCGGAAACGUGCUCAGCACUGGUCCUUCGACCAACCGGGCAAACACAUCUCUCUUCAUCGAUGGCAACGGCACCGCUAAUGGCACGAUGAAUGGAUCCGUGACUUCAUACACUCAGCAACCUACUGGAAGCUCCAUAUCCCUGGUCACUAAUGAUGACGAAGAGACUGUUCUAGUCCACGCUGCAGUAGUCGAAGCAAUUGUCGCCAUUGCCAGAAAAUGUCAUGAUGAAAGGAUAACUGCGCUUGCCAUCUCUAUGUUGGUCCAGAAAAUUGGUCGUGUCAAUCUUGCUGUCGAUGCUAAAAUCAUUAUGGGAUCUGCAGCUCUCGGGUCCCAAAGCGAGCCCAACGAUUUCCGUCCCCUGCUGAAGUUGUAUGCACGACUCGUUACGGACGCAUUGGCUUCCGACAACAACGUUUCACUCCAAGCGGUGAUGGAUGCCCGCAUGCUCAUGGCGAAGAGUAUUCCUCCUACGUCUCCUCUUUACGAGAUCUAUCUCACUUAUCUGUUGGACGGUAUCGUCAGCACGAGCGAUGUCACCAGUCGUGACACAAAAACUGUAGUCAUGGACAAAUUGGCUGUUGGCCAGAUCUCACAAAUUCUGCCUCCUUUGGCCGCCCUCGCGGCAUUCAUGCCUUAUGAGUACACCCAAUUUGAAGAUCCAGAGAUGGUAUCCGCUCUCAGUCGAGAUGCUUGGUUCAACCUGAUCGCACACGACUUUUCUUUAGGUUCAUCUUUCGCAAAGAAGCAUCAACAAGAGUUACAGACUCUGGCGUGGUACACUCCUUCCUUGAUUGACAGUAACAAAGCCGACACUCAGGAAAGUGGCAUUGACCUCAAUACCGUUCUUCGUCGUGGUAUGAGUCCUCAGCAUGCGGUCCAGUUGAAGUCGCAAUUGAUAGCUGCUCUUCCGACACAUGAAACGGACAUCAAGUCGCUGAAUUAUGCCGAGCUUACCUUCCUGAAUGCUGCUCAUCUGGUGGCAGUACUGCGCGCCCAGUCUGGGGAUUGUACGAGAACACUUGAAUACUUCUUGGAUCCCAAAUUCAAGAGCGGGGCUUUAAGCAACUGUCUACUCGGAGUGGCGCUGAGUGCAGUCGAUACCUAUUUGGCACUUACCAUGACUGGUCGCAGUCAAACUUUUGCGGCAGCCAAUCUUGCACAACAACUAGCGAGGCUACUCGAGAGCUGCUGUCACCGCAUCGAUAAAGUGCAACAGGUCGCUACACUUGCUGCUGACCGCAUCAUUGACCAAGUACCCUCCUCUCUUUGUCAGAGAACAUCUCUUUUCGCCCUCUUGGAACUACUCAGCCUCAUGUGGAUCAGCUGUUUGGAGGCAGAGACCGACGAGUACGAAUGCAAGUCAUUCUACAACUCGACAAAGGGUAAUGUUUCCCUACAGCUCUCAGACAACUUUGCUUACAGGCAGACGACAUUGCGCGGAUUCCAACAAAAGUGUCGCCGAUGGGUGUUGAAAACACUAGACCGUGCUCCCUUAGAUAUGAAGGGUCUUCUUCAGACAUACCUUUCGGACUACGAUGACGAGGAAGCGUACGGCCGCAUCUCAAUGGGUAGAUCAUUCGCCCUUGAACUUGGUUCUCUCAUCCCAGGAACUGAUCAGAGACUCGGCGCCAUCGACCGUAGAAUGGAUCCAGGCGUCAACACGGCAUCUGACUUUGUUGCACAGUACACAACUCGUCAGGAAUAUCGUUAUUUGGACACCAUGUCCAGACAAGAUGAAGAGCUUCUGCAUUCGCAGCAAGCCGGUAUUGUUGGUAUGCCCCGCUCUGCCCUGAGCGGACAGGCUCGCGAGAUCACUGCUUCCUUGAAAAACAUGAACACCAAUCUUCGCAACCAUCAUCCGGCAUCACCUGAGGACCUCAGGUCUAAUCUCAGACGUGCAGCAGCAGUAUUGUGUAAGGUCGAUGCGGACCGAUUCGGUCUUGCCCAGCAGUUAGUUGGUGUUCCUUUUACAGCCUUCAGCAAGACAGCAAUAAAGCUCGGUGUUUCGUUAUGGAUGGGCGUAAUCAAAGAGAACCCACAGAUGGAGUCCAGGAUUCUUGUUGAGAUUGCUGAAGGGUGGGAGACGACAAUUCAUAAGAAGCGUGGUGUUUUCGCUCAGACUUUCAGCCACCUCGACCCAUUUUAUGUUAAAGAGGAGUUUGCUCCUACUGACAAAAGCGCGAUUACCAAGCGUCAGCAACAGGUUCAUGACUUGAUAGCGCCUCACUUCAGACUCGUCCAGUUCUUGUCGAGUCAUUUCAACGCAACGAGGUUGAGCAAUCCCCAUACUGGCCGUAUCUUCCACCGAUUGAUGCGUGUCACUCUCGCUGCCUUGAGGCAUAGUGGCAGUCACCCGCUUGCUCGCGAAGUCCACUUCCACAUUAUUCUACUGGCCCUUCGUGUCAUCAGCUAUGGCACUGGUUACGAUGAGAAGUCACGCUGGGAGCUCAAAGACCAGAUUCUGUCUGCUGCUCUCAGGUGGUUCAACUUCCCGGCUCGAUGGUCUUUCGGCGGCAACAAGCUGCAGGUAAAAGCUGAAGUUCAAGUUAUUUCAGACGUUAUCGUCGCGAUCCAGACUAGUGCUUCUCUAGGAGCUAGGAUGCUGCCUCCCAUGCAGUCUCUGCAAGCAAAACAGGAAUUGCUACUUCAACUCCUCCAGAACGAAAUCACGAGACUGAACGUGUGGCUCUCUCCUCUGGGACAAGACACCCCGAACACCGUUUAUGGUCAGCAGGGCAAGGCCAACGAUUCUGCCAUUGCCGCAUUGGUUACAACCGCGUGGGCGGAAGCACCAUCUCUCGCCGUACAAAUGGCUUUCAGAUACCCUUCGUCUCUUGUUCAAUCCCAGGUCCGGUCAUUGUUGGUCAACUACCCCGAAAAGGCUAUGCAUGAGCCCGAUGCUCUGCAGAUAAUGCUUGGCACUAGUAUGCCGCAUGAUGUUUCGUCACAGUUGAAGUACCUGCUAUACUGGGCUCCGGUCAACCCGAUCACUGCCGUUACCUACUUCCUUCCAGCAUAUGGAAAUCACGCCUUCAUCGUACAGUACGCGAUGCGCGCGCUGGAGAGCCAUUCGGUUGAUGUCACGUUCUUCUACGUACCUCAAAUUGUACAAACACUUCGUUACGAUUUGCUGGGCUACGUGGAACGCUACAUCGUCGAAACAGCCAAAUUCUCGGGCUUGUUUGCUCACCAGAUCAUCUGGAACAUCAAGGCCAAUGCUUUCAAAGAUGAAGACUCACAAAUCCCAGAUCCCGUCAAGCCAACUCUUGACAAGGUAAUGGAUUCUCUUAUUUCCAGUUUCUCCGAUGAAGAUCGAGAUUUCUAUGAGCGCGAGUUCGGGUUCUUUAGUGAAGUAACCAGCAUUUCUGGAAAGCUCAAGCCUUUUAUCAAGCGACCCAAACCCGAGAAGAAGGCGAAAAUUGAAGAGGAGCUACGCAAGAUCCAAGUCGAUGUUGGCGUCUAUCUUCCCAGCAACCCUGAUGGAGUUGUUGUCGGUAUUGACCGAAAGUCUGGAAAGCCUCUUCAAAGUCACGCCAAGGCGCCGUACAUGGCAACCUUCCGCAUCCGCAAGGAAAGAAGUCCUGAGAUUGAAGCUGUUGAUGAGCAAUUGGAUCACGUCGCCGAGGAAGGCGAGCCUCGUAAGGAGACUAGCUAUGAAGUGUGGCAGUCAGCAAUCUUCAAGGUUGGUGACGACUGUCGUCAAGACGUGCUGGCACUGCAGAUGAUCGCGGCUUUCCGUGGAAUCUUCAACAACGUCGGGUUAGAUGUCUACGUCUUCCCGUACCGAGUGACAGCUACAGCCCCUGGCUGCGGUGUCAUCGACGUUCUUCCAAACUCCAUUUCUCGCGAUAUGCUCGGUCGUGAAGCAGUCAACGGUCUCUACGAAUAUUGGGUGUCGAAGUAUGGAACCGAGGACUCGCUACGUUUCCAACAAGCACGCAGCAACUUCGUCAAGAGUAUGGCUGCCUACUCGGUCAUCUCUUAUUUGCUGCAAUUCAAGGAUCGACACAACGGCAACAUCAUGGUUGAUGAUGCAGGCCACAUUCUCCACAUUGAUUUCGGUUUCAUCUUUGACAUUGCACCUGGUGGUGUCAAAUUCGAGCGCGCACCAUUCAAGCUGACUGGUGAGAUGAUUGCCGUGAUGGGUGGCUCUACACAGUCGCAGCCCUUCAAGUGGUUUGAAGAGCUCUGCGUCAAGGCAUUCCUGGCUGCAAGACAACACGCGGAAAAGCUGAGUCAUUUGGUCAUUGUCAUGUUGGACUCUGGUCUGCCUUGCUUCAAGCCAGAGACCAUCCAGCAUUUCAAAGAGAGGUUUGUACUCGACAAGAGUGAACGUGAGGCUGCUGAUUUCAUGCGUUCGCUCGUCCGCUGGAGUGGAAAGAGUCACAGCACAGGUGUUUAUGACCAGUUCCAACUUCUCACAAACGGUAUUCCCUAUUAGAAUAUAGCCUAGCCAAUCAAUCGCAAUCAUGACUUGACCUGUAG